GUUCGUUAGUAGUAUUUUAUUAUUAUCAUGCUCAUCAUUUUCUUACUUUGGCGGCCCAUCUUUUCUCUUCCCCUCUUUCUGAGUAGUUUAGCAAAACAGAAGCUGACAAGAAAAAAAUAGAACAUGCCUGGAAAUACACAAUUACACCACUUUAGCAGGAAGACUAUGGGAGUCUCUAAUCAAUGCACAUGCUUUAUUCAGUUCAACUACUCUCUAGUGGUCUAUAAAUAUCCUUGAGUCCUUUAUUUCUAUUACUCAUCAUACUUAAGUUCUCAAUAGAGAGAAUCAAAAAUCAAAAUGACUUCUCCUACUGCGACUAAGUAUGAUGUCUUUCUGAGUUUCAGAGGAGUCGACACUCGUCGCAACUUCAUCAGUUUUCUCUACAAAGAAUUCGUUCGAAGGAAAAUUCGAACUUUCAAAGACGACAAGGAGCUUGAGAAUGGCCGGAGGAUUUCUCCGGAGCUCAAACGCGCCAUCGAGGAGUCGAAAUUCGCCGUCGUUGUUGUCUCUGUAAACUACGCUGCGUCUCCUUGGUGUCUCGAUGAGCUUGUGAAGAUUAUGGAUUUCGAAAACAAGGGUUCCAUCACCGUGAUGCCUAUCUUCUACGGUGUGGAUCCGUGUCAUUUGAGGAGGCAGAUCGGAGAUGUCGCUGAACAGUUUAAGAAGCACGAGGCUAGAGAAGAAGAUCAUGAGAAAGUUGCUUCGUGGAGACGAGCAUUGACCAGUUUGGCUAGUAUCUCCGGAGAUUGUUCAUCCAAAUGUGAAGAUGAAGCGAAGCUGGUGGACGAAAUUGCUGACAAGAUAUCAAAAAAUCUGAUGACUGUUACAACAAUAAGCAAUGGGAAGAACCUAGUUGGGAUUGAUACACACAUGAAGGCUCUUAACAAAAAACUGGAUUUGAAUUCCAACAAAAGUUUGAGAGUGGUUGGGAUUUGGGCAAGAGGAUACAAUGGUAGAUCAGCUUUAGCUAAAUAUGUUUAUCAAGACAUCUGUCACCACUUUGACAGCCAUUGUUUCUUGGGAAGCGUGAAAAGGAUUUCUCAGGGUCGUCACUUAUCGCAUCUACACGAAGAGUUUCUGAUAAGGAUUCAAGGAAGUAAACAUAAUCUCAAGGACCAAAAGGUUUUGCUUGUGGCUGAUGAUGUUUAUAAGCUUGAACAGUUAGAUGCUCUUGCUGAGGAUUUCAACGGGUUUGGUCCGGGAAGUGUUGUUAUCAUCACUACACAAGACAAGCAUCUGUUUGUUUCUGCUGGUAUAAAGCUUGUCUACGAAGUUGAGCUUUUGAAAUUCCAGAAAGUUUGUGAACUCUUCCGACAAUUCGCCUUUAAAAAGAGAGACAUUUCUGCUGCGGUCAAGUUGGUUUACUAUAGGGCAACAAAUUGGUUAGGUUGUCUAAGUGGUAGAUCUGGUUAGGGGGGAAGUGUUAAGAAUCAAUUUUGAAGCUAAAUCUCUUUUCAUAGGCAAAUAGACAUUAAGUUAAGGGAAUGUGGCUUUGAUUAAGUUUGAAGCCUCUCCAAAUAACCUUCCGGUUCUCGUUUGGGAUACCAUCCUAUCCUUUUAUUACUUUGUUUUCCUUUCCACUCGUGUAAAAGCGAGUUCCUUGGCAAAGAGUUCCGUUUGCUUAAUUGUGAUUUUGUAUCUUUGGUUUAAUUAAUCUUAAAGGAAAUUGUGAAAAAAAGAAGUUAAUUUGGUUUUGAAAUAUGAAUGUUUUUGUUUUUUUUUUGGAGUAUUUUGUUUGUAAUUUUGAAUAGACUAACUAAUACAAUAUACAAUUUUUCUUUUAAA